AUGGCUGUCGACUUCAUUGGUAACUGGAAACUGGAUAGUACUGAGGAUAACUUUGAUGCAUUCCUUAAAGAUUGUGGGGUGUCUUGGGCUUGGAGGAAAGCUGCAUGCUCGGUUAAACCCACUGUCCUCAUUUCCGAGGAGGAAGGUGGUACCUUGGUCAUCAUCACAAAGACGACGUAUCGGAGCCAGGAGUUGAGGUUUGUGGUGGGGGAACAGUUUCUAAGUACCAUACCGUGGGAGGCUGGCGAACACCCCAUGAAGGCAGAGUGGGAUGAAGCCAAGCUGGUCAUUAGGGUGCUUGGCCGCGACAUCUCAUUCACCAGGGAAGUGGUGGGCGACCAGCUGGUGCUUACGCAGACUAAAGGGAACACUUCAACCCGGAGGUACUUCAAGAAAGCCACUCUGGAGAGCCAGUAA